AUGGCCUCAGCCCGGACCUCUCCAAUGGAGCCAUCUAUCGAGCUGUUUGUCAAAGCUGGCAGUGAUGGUGAGAGCAUCGGGAACUGUCCGUUCUCCCAGCGCCUCUUCAUGAUCCUGUGGCUGAAGGGAGUUAUCUUCAACGUCACCACAGUCGACCUCAAAAGGAAACCGGCGGACCUGCAGGACCUGGCCCCGGGGACCAACCCUCCGUUCGUCACAUUUAACGGGGAGGUGAAGGUCGACGUCAACAAGAUAGAAGAGUUCCUUGAGGAUAAACUCACGCCACCACGGUACCCCAAGUUGGCAACUAAACACCCAGAGUCAAACACUGCAGGUAUAGAUGUGUUCUCCAAGUUCUCUGCCUACAUCAAGAACCCCCGCAAAGAUACCAACGACGGCCUGGAGAAGGCCCUGUUGAAGUCUCUGAGGCGGCUGGAUGAAUUCCUGAGGACCCCCCUGCCGGAGGAGAUCGAUGCCAACAGCACAGAAGACCCUCAGGAGUCCACACGCUGCUUCCUGGAUGGACCUGACCUCACACUGGCAGACUGCAACCUGCUGCCCAAACUACACAUUAUAAAGGUGGUGGCCAGGAAGUACCGUGGCUUUGAGAUCCCGGCGGAGAUGGUGGGGGUGUGGCGCUAUCUGAACCACGCCUACAAGAGGGAAGAGUUUACUAACACCUGUCCUGUUGAGCGCGAAAUCGAAUUUGCCUACAUAGAUGUGGCCAAACGAAUCAAAUAGCGAGAGGGGGAGGAGGGAGAGACUGAGAAGGCCCAAUCCCAAAUUGUGUGCGUGUGUGUGUCUUUGUGCACUCACAGGUUGGGUUGCGCGGCACUCAUAUGUAGUGUCACGGCUGCUGUGAAUGAAAGACCACUAGACAGAGAGGUCUGCAUCCAUUUCACAUCCAGUCCUUUUGGCCAAAGCCCUCUGCGGUGCACUAUAAUACAGGUAUAUGGUGUCAUUGAAGACGCAGACACUGUUAGACACCUAGAGUACGAACACUAACAGCGUAUAGUACUAUCUACUAAUACUGCAACAUUGUAAAACUAUCCUAAAGCAGCCAUAAGCAUUCAUUAGAGUGUUAUAACCUCUGUGUCUUAGAGGUAUAGCAGAGCACAGGUAGACAC